GAAAAAAGAAAAAGAAAUGGAACAGAUAGCAAUCCGAAAUGUUGAUCGUACGUCUGCCACGUUUCACAGCCAGAAGACAUCCACGAACCACGAGAUUUUUUCCCCUUUAAACGUUCGAAAUCCUUAAUUAAUGAAAAAGAAAGAAUCCCCUCACUCUCAGCAGGUGUCUACUCAUCUUUCACCCUUGAAGGGAGGGAAAAAAGGAAACGAAUUUGACACCUCAGUCAUCUAAGUGAAACACUCUUCUGUUGCAGUUCUCUGCCACGAGACCACAGCACGUAUGGAACUAACACACAAGGUUGCUGUUUCCAGAAUCUGCUAUCCAUAUCGAAGAAUUCCUAGUAGAACCCAAACGUUUCCAGUAUCUCAGCUCUCAGUUUCACCACUCCAUUCAUCGUCUAACCAAAUUAAACCAAAAACCCAUUUGAAUUCCUUCCAAAAUGGCACCAAACCAUAUGAUAAUCCUACAACCAAUGACAUCAAAGGAGCUAAUACCACUAUACCAUCCAUGUCUGACAUAUUGGCCUCCUCUAGAGCCCAGAAACUUGACCUUCGGCUUCAAACUUUAGGACCCUUGUUCAGGAUCACUGCCAAAAGCCUAGAGACAAACAGGGAACUUGGAAGAGCUGAGGGACUGAUAAGGGUCUGGUUUGGAGGUAGAAUUCUGCACCUGGAUUCCAUCAAACUCGAGAGAGAGACGAUGGGCAUGGAAAGAUCAAUUUUUGGUAUCGGUUUGUUUAUUGGAGCUGUAGCUAUUCGAUACGGAUAUGACUGCGGUUGUAAGACUGCUGAGUUGCUUGCCAUCAAUGACUCGGAUCUUUACCAUUCCAAGCUCGUUAGGUUCUACAAAAGGAUUGGGUUCAAGGUUGUGCAUGAAGUGAAUGGUUCAACAAUUGGGGAUAUGGCUCACAUGCUAAUCUGGGGAGGAAUUGGAACCCGAAUGGAUGCCAGUAUAGAGGAGCUUCUAUUAAAAUGGUGCAGCAGUGUUUUUUCUCAGUUCAGGUCUUGAGCUAAGACCUAAGAGGAGUUAAAGUCAGCAGAUUAAAUUGGAUUAGGGAAUACUCUAAAGACACGGCCUCAAAGAGUUCUUCUACAAGCAGUUGCAAUGCUCAAGCCGAUUAGACUAGCUUCCAAGCAAUUUGACUACAGCAAAACCAUAGCUGGUACGGCAGUUAUAGUAAUUGAUCAUUUUUGACGGUAUAGAACGAUUGCUAAGCUUUAUGACUAGUAAGACCUGUCUUCUCCAAUCUCCACAAUGCUUUGAAAAAUGAAGAAUAUGUUUUGUCCACUUUGAAAGUAUUCUUUAUAUUCCUUCCAUUGAAAUACCUGAACCAGCAUCCAUAAUUGUGAUCUUGAGAAAUUGUGCUCAGUUUUAACUCUCAAUUAAUUUGAUUGAUGUA